AAUCAUAGAAGAGAAGAAAAAAAGGGAAUUAAAAAAAGAUGAAAUAAAGUCCAGAGAAGAGGCGGGUGGCUGCAGUACUUUCUCCUCUUUAUCCACUCACCAAUCCCCAAAUCCUUUUUAUUUCCUUUCUUCUCCACACGAUCAUUCCACACUACACUCUGACUCUCUCUCUUUAAAAAAAAAAAAGACGUUUCUUAUUGUUCUGUUUCUCUGCACUCGCGCGUUCACUCAGUCAUGGCUCUGCAAACGACGGCGUCUUCGUCGGCGUCGUCCUCUCAGCUUCUUCUAAACUCAGCUAGUAGUAGUUCCAUUGCAAAGGCACCGUGUUCGGUUCUUGCUUAUACUAAUAAAUUUAACAGUAACAAUCACUUCUUUGUUGAUUUCGUUGGAUUAUACUGUCAAUCCAAACGAAGAAGUAGGAGAAUUGGAGUCUCAUCCUCGUCUUGUGAUUCUAAUUCAUCGAUUCAGCGGAACAGUUUCUCUCGAUUUGUUAACUCCACUGUUCGUUCUCAGUCGCUUCCUCUACCUGAUCUCAAACCAAAGGUUGCUAACUUGGAUGACAUAAUAUCAGAAAGAGGUGCUUGUGGAGUUGGAUUUAUUGCUAAUUUGGAAAACAAAGCAUCACACGAGGUUGUGAAGGAUGCCCUUACAGCUCUUGGCUGCAUGGAACAUCGUGGUGGUUGUGGAGCAGACAAUGAUUCUGGUGAUGGAUCAGGACUGAUGACUUCAAUUCCAUGGGAUCUAUUUAAUAAUUGGGCUGACAAGCAAGGGAUUGCUUCCUUUGAUAAGUUGCAUACCGGUGUUGGGAUGGUUUUCCUUCCGAAGGAUGAUAAUCUUAUGAAAGAAGCUAAGCAAGUUGUUGAAAAUGUUUUUAAACAAGAGGGCCUUGAGGUGCUUGGAUGGAGGCCUGUUCCUGUAAAUAAAUCGAUAGUAGGUUUUUAUGCAAAAGAGACAAUGCCCAACAUACAGCAGGUCUUUGUUAGAAUUGUGAAGGACGAAAGUGUUGAUGACAUUGAACGGGAAUUCUACAUAUGUCGGAAGCUGAUUGAAAGGGCAGCAACUUCGGAAAGAUGGGGCAAUGAGCUUUACAUAUGUUCUUUGUCUAAUCAAACAAUUGUUUAUAAGGGAAUGCUUCGCUCAGAAGUUCUUGGUUUAUUUUAUUCUGACCUUCAGAGUGAUCUUUAUAAAUCACCUUUUGCCAUUUAUCAUCGAAGAUAUAGUACAAAUACUAGUCCAAGGUGGCCUCUCGCUCAGCCAAUGCGGCUUCUUGGUCAUAAUGGAGAAAUCAAUACCAUACAGGGUAACUUGAACUGGAUGCAAUCUCGAGAAAGCUCAUUAAAAUCUCCUGUCUGGCGUGGCCGUGAAAAUGAAAUUCGUCCUUUUGGUAACCCAAAAGCAUCAGAUUCUGCAAAUCUUGAUAGUGCAGCAGAAUUGUUAAUAAGAAGUGGUCGCAAUCCUGAGGAGGCUCUGAUGAUUCUUGUCCCAGAGGCAUACAAGAAUCAUCCAACCCUAACAAUAAAAUAUCCUGAGGUUGUUGACUUUUACGACUAUUACAAAGGUCAAAUGGAAACUUGGGAUGGGCCUGCUUUACUCUUAUUCAGUGAUGGGAAGACAGUUGGCGCUUGUCUUGAUCGUAAUGGACUUCGUCCGGCUAGGUAUUGGCGGACAGUAGACAAUUUUGUCUAUGUUGCAUCUGAGGUUGGUGUUUUACCAAUGGAUGAAUCCAAAGUAACGAUGAAAGGCCGCCUAGGCCCAGGAAUGAUGAUAGCUGUGGAUUUGCUUGGUGGUCAGGUUUAUGAGAAUACUGAAGUUAAAAAGCGAGUAGCUUUAUCAAAUCCAUACGGGAAAUGGGUCAGUGAAAAUCUACGAUCCUUAAAGCCUGCAAACUUCCUCUCGACUACAGAUUUGGACAAUGAAGCAAUUUUACGGCGCCAGCAGUCUUUUGGCUACUCCAGCGAGGAUGUCCAAAUGGUUAUUGAAUCUAUGGCUGCACAAGGAAAGGAGCCUACAUUUUGCAUGGGAGAUGACAUUCCAUUGGCAAUAUUGUCUCAAAGGCCGCAUAUGCUUUAUGAUUAUUUUAAACAACGAUUCGCACAGGUUACAAAUCCAGCUAUAGACCCUCUUAGGGAAGGAUUAGUCAUGUCUCUUGAAGUCAACAUUGGGAAGCGAGGAAACAUAUUGGAAGUUGGACCUGAAAAUGCUAUGCAGGUUAACUUAUCUAGUCCUGUAUUGAAUGAAGGAGAGCUGGAGUCAUUGCUUAAGGAUCCUCAUUUAAAACCUCAAGUUCUGCCAACCUUUUUUGAUAUACGUAAAGGGGUUGAGGGUACUUUAGAGAAAACACUACUCAGGCUUUGUGAAAAGGCUGAUGAAGCUGUUCGAAAUGGCUCCCAACUGCUUGUUCUUUCUGAUCGGUCUGAUGAUCUGGAGCCCACUCGGCCUGCAAUUCCAAUACUUCUUGCGGUUGGUGCUGUUCAUCAGCAUCUUAUUCAGAAUGGCUUGAGAAUGUCUACUUCAAUCAUAGCAGACACUGCUCAGUGCUUCAGCACUCAUCACUUUGCCUGUUUAAUUGGAUAUGGUGCAAGUGCUGUAUGUCCAUACUUGGCAUUGGAAACUUGUCGGCAGUGGCGUCUGAGCAAUAAAACUGUGAAUUUGAUGCGGAAUGGAAAGAUGCCCACUGUAACAAUUGAACAAGCUCAGAAGAACUUCUGUAAGGCAGUUAAAGCCGGUCUCCUAAAAAUCCUUUCAAAGAUGGGCAUCUCAUUGCUUUCAAGUUAUUGUGGUGCCCAGAUCUUUGAGAUUUAUGGAUUGGGAAAGGAGGUUGUUGAUCUAGCAUUCUGUGGGAGCAAGUCAACUAUUGGUGGAGCAACUCUUGAUGAGUUGGCAAGGGAGACUCUGUCUUUCUGGGUGAAAGCUUUCUCUGAGGAUACAGCUAAAAGACUUGAAAAUUUUGGGUUUAUACAAUUCCGACCUGGAGGGGAGUAUCAUGGAAAUAACCCAGAGAUGUCAAAACUGCUUCACAAGGCUGUUCGGCAAAAGAAUGAAAGUGCAUUUUCUAUUUAUCAGCAACAUUUAGCUAACCGGCCUGUGAAUGUUCUGCGUGAUCUUGUUGAAUUCAAGAGUGAUCGUGCUCCAAUUUCUGUGGGAAAGGUUGAACCUGCAUCAUCUAUUGUUGAACGAUUUUGUACUGGUGGAAUGUCACUUGGGGCUAUUUCAAGAGAAACUCAUGAGGCAAUUGCCAUUGCAAUGAACAGAUUAGGUGGAAAAUCUAAUUCAGGAGAAGGUGGCGAGGAUCCAAUUCGUUGGAGCCCACUUUCAGAUGUCACUGAUGGGUAUUCUCCUACAUUACCACAUCUCAAAGGCCUUCAAAAUGGUGAUACUGCUACCAGUGCUAUUAAGCAGGUUGCUUCAGGACGUUUUGGUGUCACCCCAACGUUCUUGGUCAAUGCAGAUCAGUUAGAAAUUAAGAUUGCGCAAGGUGCCAAGCCUGGCGAAGGUGGCCAAUUGCCUGGGAAGAAAGUUAGUGCAUAUAUUGCUAGGUUGAGAAACUCUAAACCUGGGGUUCCACUUAUAUCUCCACCCCCACACCAUGACAUUUACUCCAUUGAAGAUCUUGCACAACUAAUAUAUGACCUUCAUCAGGUCAACCCUAAGGCUAAGGUAUCUGUAAAGCUAGUGGCAGAAGCUGGUAUUGGGACAGUUGCUUCUGGGGUUGCAAAGGGUAAUGCUGAUAUCAUACAGAUAUCAGGGCAUGAUGGUGGAACAGGUGCAAGCCCUAUAAGCUCCAUUAAGCAUGCUGGUGGUCCUUGGGAACUUGGACUUACAGAAUCUCAUCAGACUCUUAUCGAAAAUGGACUCAGAGAGAGGGUAAUUCUUAGAGUUGAUGGUGGCUUCAAAAGUGGGGUUGAUGUCAUGAUGGCUGCAGCAAUGGGUGCUGAUGAAUAUGGGUUUGGUUCUGUUGCGAUGAUUGCUACUGGAUGCGUUAUGGCUCGCAUUUGUCACACAAACAAUUGUCCUGUUGGUGUUGCCAGUCAGAGAGAAGAACUACGCGCACGGUUUCCUGGUGUGCCUGGAGAUCUUGUGAAUUACUUUCUGUAUGUUGCCGAGGAGGUAAGAGGCAUGCUUGCACAAUUGGGUUACCAGAAGUUGGAUGAUAUUAUUGGAAGAACAGAUUUGUUGAGAGCACGAGAUAUUUCUCUAAUGAAAACUCAGCACCUUGAUCUCAGUUAUAUUCUUUCAAAUGUUGGGUUACCAAAAUGGAGCAGCACUGAGAUCAGGAAUCAAGAUGUACAUAGCAACGGUCCUGUUUUGGAUGAUGUUAUACUAGCAGAUCCACAGAUCUUGGAUGCCAUUGAGAAUGAAAAAAUUGUCAAUAAAACUAUAAAGAUAUACAAUGUGGACCGUGCUGUUUGUGGGCGUAUAGCAGGUGUGGUUGCUAAAAAAUAUGGGUACACUGGUUUUGCCGGACAGCUGAACAUAACAUUUACUGGAAGUGCAGGGCAGUCUUUUGCAUGCUUUUUGACACCUGGAAUGAACAUUCGGCUGGUCGGAGAGGCUAAUGAUUAUGUGGGAAAGGGUAUGGCUGGAGGUGAGGUGGUUGUAAUGCCGGUGGAGAACCCUGGGUUUUGCCCUGAGGAUGCAACUAUAGUUGGCAAUACUUGCUUGUAUGGUGCAACAGGUGGCCAAGUAUUUGUUAGAGGGAAAGCUGGGGAGCGCUUUGCCGUCAGAAACUCACUUGCGGAAGCUGUAGUUGAAGGCACUGGGGACCAUUGUUGUGAAUAUAUGACUGGUGGUUGUGUGGUUGUGCUUGGAAAAGUUGGUAGAAAUGUUGCUGCUGGAAUGACUGGAGGCUUGGCUUACAUUCUUGAUGAGGAUGAUACUCUGAUGCCCAAGGUGAAUAAAGAAAUAGUGAGGGCCCAACGAGUAACUGCCCCUGUUGGUCAGAUGCAGCUAAAGAGUCUCAUUCAAGCUCAUGUUGAAAAAACUGGGAGCGGUAAAGGUGCUGCUAUUCUGAAGGAGUGGGACAACUAUCUGCCGCGCUUCUGGCAGUUGGUUCCACCUAGUGAAGAAGACACCCCAGAGGCUUGUGCAGAUUAUCAGGCCACGGUUGCUGGGGAAGUACUGCAGUCUGCUUAGCAUAGCAAUGCAAGGCUCCCCCACAGCCAGGUGCGAUUGGCUACCACAACCUGUACAUGUCAAAUAGAUGAUGAUGGAUUCUUAAACGGGAAUACAUCGGUAGUUGAUCGGAAUCCAGAAUGCUUUAAUCUCCAGUUCAAGGGUCUCGAAAUUAAAAGAUCAGCAUCCACCCCCCUCCAGAGUCGGACACCCAGAUCCAUCAUUCCACAAGGAUCCAACUUCCCAGGUGUUGCAUGAAUUUGUAUAGUGAUUUGUGGCGGAAAAUGUGAAGUCAAUUUCGUUCCAGAUUUUUCCAUCGUAUGAAAUUUUAAACAUCGCUGUUUAAUUAAAAUAAAAAACCCCUUCUGUGGCUGGUUAAGUUUUUCUAAUCUAAUUUAUUUUAAUGGUAA